GUCUAGGCUAUGUGUGAAAUCCAUAGGUCCGGGCUGCCGGACAAAGAUUAGGUCCGGGCUUCAGUUUCUGACAUAGGUCCGGGCUGUGAUACAGUGUCUAUGGAAUCAGACACGAUGGGUCCUCAACCGACUGCGGGGCAACCAACUGGCGUGUACCGAUCGUCGCCUGACCGCGCCUUGCAGGGUCUCAAGGAGUGCAUUAAGCAAAAGGCUCCUCUGAGAUGGGCAGAGCACGCUGAAGAUGGAGAGCCAAAAGUGGUGGGCGGACCAGACAUUACUGAGUUGGAUAAGGACACAAAGUCAGAGUCAUUCAGUAUCCGACGAGAGAUGGCAGGACGGCGCUUACCAGAGUAUGAGCGUAGAGAGCCUAGAGCAGAUAUGCACAGAAACGAUUGGGGAGACGAGUAUGACCGAGAACAGUAUUCGAAGAAUAGAGACAGGGAUAGGGCCCCGCCUAAGCAGGUCUUUGAUCCCCAGACUGGUGUGUCAUAUGUGCUCCCUUAUGAGAGCAGAGAUCGCUAUAUUAUUUCUCACCUACCUUCCGAACCGCCUACUUUCAGAGGUUAUGGUAUCACUGAAUACCUGGAGAAGUGGGAGCUUCAUGCCGGUCGUAGUCAGUGGUCGGAGGAGGAAAUUAUAGAUAACUUCCUAUUCAACGUGGACCCAAGUCUUGGCAAGGAAGUUAAAGAAGCCCGACCCAAGGAUAGGAAGUGGGCUACGUAUAAGACAAAUCUCUGCGAGCUCUACAAACUGGAGGAUAGCAAAUACUCCAUCAAGGACCUCGAGACUAUGACUCAAGAUGAAGACGAGAGCGUACAUGCUUUCGGUAAGCGCUUCCAAAAGAUAUCUGGUGUGUUGAUGGAGAAGGGCAAGCUGUCGGAGGUUGAGCAGUGCACCAUUUUCAUUGGUCGCCUGCCCAUGGGUAAGCAGAAAGCGAUACUUAGAGAUUUGCCGAAUGACAAAUUAGAUUUCCCUGAAGUCCUUAAACUGGCAACAAAAGCAGGAGCAGACGACUAUAGAGAUUUGGUGUGGAGAGGGAUGAGAAGACGAGACUCCUCCCUCUAUCAGGAAUAUGACACUGAUAGGUGUCCGGAUUUUAAGGAUUACCCUUGGUCAGACAGAGGAGACGUGAAAGCCGUGAUGAAAGAGGUAAGAGAGAUGAGGGAAAUGAUGAAGCGCCUAGCGAGACAGGUCACAGAUAUAGCAACCAAGGCGGAAGCGACAACCUGCCAGGACAAACCAGGAUCUCCCUAUUCACGUCGCUGGGAUCGAAGUGAGUCUGGAGAGCGACGAGCAAACAUCACAGACGAUUCAAACCUGAGAGAUAUGAUCAAGGCCCUAACUCGACAAAUCGCCUGGAUAGAGGCGAAGAUGGAGACUGAUGGGUAUCAGGCGAGGAACGGUUCGUCGAACUUGCCGAGGUGCGAUCGAGUUAGGACUGGUUCAGCGUACUCGCUGAGGUGGGAUAAUCGGGGGCCAGGAUCGUGGAGACCCCUAGAGGAUAGAAAUCCUCAGACACUAACCGAUUAUCGAUCGAGGGAGCAGAGGUAUCAUAGACGUUGUGACGACUCCCCUAGGUACGAGGACGAGGAUCGAGAUCGACUGACUGCCUAUCAUAGGGACUAUACGGGAGACAGGGAUAACGGGUAUCGACGACACGGUCGGGUGGAAACUUACCCUCACAGCCCGAUAUACGAUCCAGGUCGCGAAGACCUCCGGGAUGCAGAGGAGUAUCCCAAGGAUGAAGAUAGAUAUUACCAUGCGAUGGCGAGAGACCGACGCUACAAUUCCCGCGAGCGACACGAGAGGAGAGAUGAUCGAGACCAUCGGGAUGAUGCCAGCGGCCAACAGGAGUCUAGGCCGCGUCCUCAGGACGCACAAGUAUCAGGCGAACACGAAGGAUACAGACGUGUGGAGGCUCAACCUUCUUCCACUCGUGGCAGAUGCAUGUAUUGUUGUUCCGAUAACCAUAUCGGAAGAGAUUGCCGUGAUCUUCAGAAGGUAAUUGACUAUGGGGUAGUAGGACUUGACCGACUGUGCGUCACGAGAACCGAAGAUCUGAGAGAUGCAUCAGUAUCUUCUCCGAAGAAGGAGUACUUGGAGGUCAGACGAGCGUCGUUGAACGAAGUAAAGGCGACGGUAAGGAGUCAGAGAGUCGGGAUUUUCUUACAAUCAGGGGACAAGACGCCUGUAGUACCCAUUCACGUCACCUCUAUCAAAUCAUCGCAAGCUCUUUGUCCAAAGAAGAGGGUUGACCCAGAUAUAGUUAUCAUGGAUCGAGAGGGAGAGGAAGAAGGACGGAGAGUACUAUCACCACGAAAACGAGGCCCUGAGCAAGUUACUGAUACAACAACGUCUUUAAGGCCAACACUUAAUCAACGUAUACGCUGCUCCGUACGGGAACCGUCCAAGCCGAUACGCGACGGACCCCUAUAUAUCGCAGGUAUCGCAAAAGUACCCGUCACAAACACGAUUCUUAUCGGGCCCGAACGAGGUAAACCGGUAACAUCGACCGAUGGGAUCUUUGUUAAUUCUGACCCGUUAGCAGACAAGCCUUUUAGCAACGUCAUACCGGUCGCACAUCGGUCACGGCUUCGGGUAGUAGAGCGGACUGCACCGCGCCCGUCUUCUUUGAUGCCUGAGAGAACGUGCCUCAAAAUAUAUUUAACAUUCCUGGGAGUGGUUUCAUGGGGACUCUUCUUAACAAUGAGGUGGUUCUUCACAGAGCAAAGGGUGACGCUGAGGAUGGUCGAAUGAUUGCAGUGCGGAGAAGGGAAGCACCCUUCGAGUCAGGGACAUGCUCUUUUGACAGAUAGGUCGAGGCUCGACGGGGGCGUCGAGAAGAGGUCCGGGCUAGCUGUCGGGCGGCCAAAUCCAGUCGGCCACCCGAAAUAAAAGGAAUUAGACCCU